AUGCCUCAUCAACUAGCCCGAGGACGUCCAAGAUUGUCAUCCAACCGCAAGGGAAGCAAGGAUGAAAGAAAUCUAUGUCGACUGUAUCGUCUUUUUCUUGGUGCGAUCUUAUUGACCUUGCUCUUGAUGUCAUUACUUGCGGAGGGACGUAACUCGUAUCCGUUGGCAGCUCUUCCAGCCGCAUCCAUCACUACCGCAACGCCAUCCGAAAUGACCAAUAGGUUGCUGCGUCCUUAUUCCAAACCGAGUUACGUUCUCCCUUUUCCUUUGCCAGUUCCAAGAGAUUUGCAUGUGGAAAAGUUAUUGCCCAAGCUCUUGAACCUCUUUUCCAAUACUAAUGAGAACCCGUCCUUAUUACGACUGGUCAAUUUGGGAGCCGGAGUUCGAGACGACGAUCCGACCUUUCCCUUGUUGGACGAUCCGACCCAAAAAUGGGAGGCCCUAUUGAUGGACGGUGAUCCGAACCAAGAGACGGCAAUGGCCGAACGGUUUCCCAGUGACAAGAUCCAGACUCACUUUGCAUACAUUACGGCUGGGUCCAUACCAAACAUCUUGUCCAAACAUGGGUUUGAUCAAAAUGUGGAUUUGCUCAAGAUUGAUAUCGAUUCCUUUGAUUGUUUUGUCAUGGAUAGUAUCCUAAAGACGGUGCGGCCGUCAGUCAUUGUCAUGGAAGUCAAUGUCAAGUUUCCGGCCAACAUUCGGUUCGCCAUGCUUCCUGGAUUUGUCAGCAGCAGCAGCAGCAGUGAGUCUUCAUCUUCAGCAGAACAAUAUCCGUUUGACUCGGAACAACGAGGGCACCUAUAUGGAUGUUCGUUGGCCUAUCAAGUCCACGACUUGAUGCGACCCAAUGGCUACGAAGUACUCUACCUGGAUUCCAACAAUGCAGUCUUUUACGACAAGCAAAAGGAAGACCUGUCAGCAGGAUUAAAGGACUAUACUCCAUCAUCCAUGACGGACCUUUACAAUCGGGGAUAUUGGAAUAUGCCGGACCGGACCACUGCCUUUGCAUUCAAUAACGAACUUGCGAGGUGGCAAAAAUUAAAGGCCAAUGAUAUCUUUUCCGAUCUAGCAACCAGGUCCAUGGGAAGACCGUUGCUUUCGCACGGCCGUCACCAUGUUGUGAUUGGGGAUCUUGUCAAUGAUGGAAAAGGUCAACAGCCACCAUUACUCCAUGGUUGCUUUGAUCACAUUACGGGAGCUUUAAAGGAUGCCGAAUCAAGUCCAGAAUCUUGUUCCUGGUCCAUCAUACCAGUCUAA